AUGCAUUUGUCGUACUUUGUGUUGCUGCUAACCUUUCGAGCCAUCCAAGUGACCGUCGAUCUCAGCUUCGAUGGAGGGCAGACCAUGACGAACCUCAACAACUUCUACAGCUACCUUCGGGACUUCGAGUUCAGCGGCAUCAUCCCGUCGGGCGGACUUUUCAGCUCACUGACGCAGGCGACACUGUCCGGCAAAAACUUCCGAAGGACACCGAAUCUGUAUCUGCAGUUUGGCGAGAAGAAGGCUUCCGCGGCCUUGGCCAAUGCAGAGAGCCUUCGUACGAUCGCCCCAAUCCAAGACGAAGCAGGCACCUAUCCGAUCCUGUAUUCGGUGGACAACCAGACCUUUGUACCGACUGGCUUGUAUUGGAUCGCGUCUGCCACAUCUCUCGUCCGCGCGAUCAUUCCCGACCGCGGAUUCCGUGUUGGCGGGACCAAUGUGACCUUGGUGACUACUGGCUUGUACUGGCUGCCUUCGUUGGCUUGCGUCUUUGGCUAUGCCCCUGUGUCGGUCAUCCCGGUCUACGAUCCGGCUGACCCGAGCAACCCAAGACUCACGUGUUUAACGCCGCCUUGCGAGAAGGCUAUGUAUCUCGAUGGCAUCGGCCCGCAGGAUACGGAUGAGGAUUGCUAUGGCUUUGUGACGGUGCAGAUGACCUUCAAUGGCCGGAAUAUGUUCGGCAACCUCAGCUACGAAUACGUGAAGAUGCCGCAGGUCUUUUAUGCUAGCCCCUUCCCUGCUGGUGGAUUCAACAACGAAGUGACCAUCGCGCUUUUCGGAGAGAACUUCCAGGAGCCCAUGUGGUGCCGUUGGUGGAACUUGGAAGAAAGCGUAGCCACGGAUGUUACGCCGGCCUUCAUGCGAUGCCGGGCACCCUCGCUGCCGCCAGAGCUGCAGCCGGACAACACCACCGCCCACAGCGUCCUCAGCUACUUCGAGGUCUCGCCGAAUGGCCAAGAUUGGACCCGCUUCAAGCGUGCAUGGCUAUGGUACAGGGAGCCUCAAGUACUGACCAUCGAGCCCAACACGACGUUCCGUACGUUCGCGCCGGAGGGCGACUUCAUCAUCACAGGCCGCUACUUCCGGUUGCUCCAGGAAGAGCUGGUUCAGUGCGUCUGGCUCUACGACAAGUACCAGCCGGCCGAGCGCACAGCUGCGGUACUCCUGGCGCCCGAUGUCCUCCGCUGUCGGCCCAGUCAGCCGGCGGCUGCCUCUGGCGUGGACACGGAGUAUCUGCAGCCGAUUGGCGUGAGCCUCGAGAUCUCCAUGUCCACACAGGUGGAUUCAGCCUCGGGCAUGGAGGUUCUGGCAGAGGAUCGCAUGGAGCUCAUCGGAUCCAGUGAAGGCCUCUAUCCUGGCCCCGCCGUUUUCCCGACCUCGUGCUUGGUGACGGGUGGCUGCACACUGACGCUUCGCGGAGAGCGUCUGUGGGCCGAAGAUGAAACCUAUGGCUCCGGGAAUCGCUCAGAUGCCAAGCUGUUUGUGGCCGUCGGCGACCACCUGUUGGAGGCGAGACGCGGCAAGGACUCAAACUGGGCCACCAUCCGACUGCCGCCGACGCCUCACAUGGCUGUCGUGCCCCGCACGGAGCCUCUGCGACUGACGCGGAACCUGCAGGAUUACACGCCGCCGGUCGUGAACAUUGCCUACAAUCCGAUUCCCAUCGGUACAUACUACAGGGCGGAGCUCCACAACGGCACGUUGCAAGCGUGCCCUCAAGGCCACGCUUGUCCUGGCAUCGGAGCGAACCAGUCCGAGCUGGAUUAUUCUGGCGAGGCCCCUAUCCGAUGUCUGCCCGGCAGCUGGAUGAAUGCCACGGGCUACUUCGAGUGUGAGACUUGCCCGGAGGGAGUCUACUGCCCAAGAUAUGCGAUGAUCGAGCCGGAGCACUGCGAGACGGGCUACCUUUGUUGGGGUGGCACCGGAUUCGAUGCAAACCUAGCCUUGUGCCCAGGAGGACAGCUGUGUGUCCGGCCGCCCUAUGGAAAGACGCCUUCAUCAAGUACGUCGCGGUUCCCCUUCGUGAGACGCUUGAAGGCCAAGACUUCCGAGAGCGAGCCGGCUGCUGCAAUGCCGGAGGAGGAGAUGACACAGCAGUUGACAUCCACAUCGGCACCUUCCCGGCGAUUGCUCCUGGCCACGAUUCCCUCAACGGUGGAGAUCCAAACUUGUCCUGCAGGCUUCUUCUGCCCGCCGGGCUCAAUCGCCCAGAUGGAGCCGUCGGGAGAGCUCGACUAUCUGUCUCCAAUGCAGUGCACUCGGUUGGGCAUUGUGUGCGCAGAGGGCUCCUCCAACCCGCUCUCCUCCGACGUAAUGGCUGGACCGGGCGAGUAUGUGGCCUUCGACAACAGCGGUGUUCUGCCAUGUCCCGUGGGCAUGUCUUGUCCCGGAGGAACCAGUGGUGUGCCACAGCCUUGUCCGCCUGGGCAGUUCCAAGUCAGCUCGGGGGCACCGGCCUGCUCGACCUGCACUGCGGGAACCAUCUGCCCUGGCUUCGGCAGCGCGCUGCCAGAGCUCUGUCCCGCGGGGCGAGUUUGCGCACAUCCUGGUCGCCAGAUCCCUUCAUACCUUUGCCCAGCAGGAUCCUAUUGCCCACCGGGGGUGAUCACCCUGAACACCCUGGCGUCUCUCGACGACAACGGCCCAAAGAUCUGCCCUCCGGGCGUCUAUUGCAUGGCCGGAACAUCCACCAGCGUUGUGGACCCAACGAGCAUGGACACCGCCAAACAGUGCACAGUGGGUACGUACUGUGGGGCGAACACCACGACCGCCGGUGGCACAGAUAACUGCCCACCUCGGUGGUACUGCCCGGCUGGCGUCAGCACCCCACAGCCGACACCUCCGGGGCACUAUGUGGGCAGGUCGGGUCGUGUAUACCCUUCGAAAUGCCGACCCGGUACCUAUGCUGCCAAUUGGCUGAUGAUCGCUUGCGAUCCUUGCCCCGCUGGGACCGAAUGCCCGUUGGACGGUACAGUGGUGCCAACGGUUUGCCGACCGGGAUCCUACCGCGAGGCCACAGAGCCCGGCGAGGAUCCCACGAAAAAUGUCAUGUGUCAACCCUGCCCACAGGGCACUUGGAGCGAACAAGGAGGCUUGACAUCGGUGCUGGACUGCAAGAACUGCGACGAGAGGUAUGUGUGCCCCAUGGAGGGAACGAUUCGCUUCGCGACCAUCGACCAACCCUGUCCGCCAGGAGCAAGUCCCACCGAUGUUUGCUACGAAAAUUCGCAGGGCUGGGACUGCCCCCAGGGCUAUGGUUGCGGACCGGCAACGACUUCUUUCACCCAGUACGACUUCUACUGCGAAGCAGGGUUCUGGUGCAAGGUGCGGACGAUCCCGGCCGAGACACGGAAUCUUCUUUGCCCCGCAGGCUACUACUGCAAGAGGGAGACGGGCGAAUCGGGCGGUUCAGGACGCAGAUCCUUCAGAUGUCCGCCCGACUAUUUCUGCCCCGAGGGCACAGCGGCAGAAGAUCUUCGUGUGGACAACCAGCUCGUUGUCGUUCUGCACAAUGUGCAGUCCCGAGUGGAAAUCGUGACGCAGCCAGACUUGACCCGGGGCUCCAUGUGCCGAAUUUGCAGCGACCUGCUUCCUCCGGGCGUCUUCGACCUGACACAAUGUCGUCCCUGCGGACAGAUUGUUCCCCUCUCUUACUUCGAAGAGUUGGCACUCUUGGAGUCCGGACGGAACCGUCGCUUGGCCUACAAUGCCACGGAUUGGCCGGCGCGGAUGGGAGAACAUUGGGUGGCAAUGCCUGAGAACUACAGCAGCACCAACCGUGGCAAGCAGUUCUGGGUUCUGCCUCCGGGCUACACGGAGGAGCCCGUGGAGUUUGCCGACGUCCUUCCCGACGAGGUCCUUCAGCGUGCCCUGGAAGAGAUGGGGAUCCAGGAGCGUAUGCGGGAUCGGAAUUGGUUGGACCCCGCAGUCACGAAGAUGGUGUCCGACGCGCUCAAGCGCGAGGAUGGCCCUUCACCUCCGGUGGUCGGCUCUUUCGCCGAGCCGAAAGUGCGGCAGCUGCAGGACCAGACAGCCGCAGUUCAAAACGAUACGAACUCUUCGAACGACACCCUCGUUAUCAACUAUCAGUGUGCGCCUGACAUCACUGUGGCAGAUACAAUUCCCUGGGAGCUGGGUUCAGAGAGGCCGUGCUACACUGCUGUGGAAGCAUGGAAGGGCAACCUGAAGUGCCCGCGGGGUACCUUCUCAACGAUCGGAUCUAUUUCGCCGGAGGACUGCAUCCAGCAGGGUAGACGCAUUGCUGUGACGAACAUCAACAAGUGCUACCCGCCUCGUCCAUGCUCCGGCUAUGAUCCUACCGUGGACACCGGGUAUUCGUGUGCACCUGAAGAGAUCCUCUGCGGCAUCACGGAAGACUUGGAGAUCUACGCCGCGGACGAGACCGGCCUGCUAAAGAAAUCCUUCAUUUUCGGUCAGCCAGUGGAAGAUUUCCCAGACUCGAAGCUUGUGAACUUCUUCGGCUACGACCCCGACGUGGAUGGCGAUCUGGACCUGAAGCCUUGGGUAGAGCGGCCCUUCACGAGUUUCAACAUGAAGCCGCUGGAUAUCGUGAUUCUUGACUUCGCCUUCGACAAGAUCUCUCCUACCACCCUCGUGAAUGCAGGUGGAGCGGGCCACUUCAACAUCAGCAUUCAUACAAACCUUCUGCCCGAUGGGAACAUUAUCGGGCAUCUCUUACCUCCCUUCUUCGAGCGUUCCAUCAACACAGACCUGCAUGUUCCGACACAGAUGAAGAUCUUGGCACUGUCGGAGUUGCUUGGCACCUGA